GCUCUUCAAUUGUUUGUUCAAAACAGCUGCGACGCUACAGAGUUAAAACAACGCCCCAGUCCAUGAAAGUACGUCAACAAACGUUACGAAUUGUAUCAAUAUGGUUAUUUUUUUCUUUAAAGUGCAUACAAGUAAUGUUUGUUUUUAAACGUGAUCUUGGGUCCGUGAAUAUAUCUCGCCACACAGCGUACAUUAUCAACCUGUUAAGGAGCCAAGGAUGAGCUCAGACGUUCAGCAUGAUUUUUAUCAUUUUUGAGUUCAACAUCCUUCAGAAAUGACUCACAAUUUGAUGACAGUGCUUAGAAUUCAAUGCAAUUAGAUAACGUCUUACAGUCAUCUGCUAUUUAUGGGAGCUUUUAUGUAUUAUGUAAGCUGUGGCUGCAUGUCUCAUAUCAAUAUUUAAAUGCAUUCAUGCAGUAUACAUCCCCUCCCCUGCCUCAAUGUUUCUAUGUCUGCAGGCAUCAUAUAAAUAGUUGUGUUUGUGCAUGAUGCAGCAUCUGGGGAAUAUGUCCAGCUGUAAACAGAGAACAGAGUGCUCCCUCUCUCUCUUUCUCCCUCUCUCUCUCUGUCUAUCCAUCUUUCUAUCUGUCCUCCUGACUGCAGUCUGCAUACAGUGCCACGCUGCUGCUGCUGCUGCUGCUGCUGCUGUGUGAUACAAGCGAGUGGGAGGAACAGCUUCCGCUUCUGUUUUACCUAAGAAAAAUGACGAGACGUCUUCCUGGAACUGCAGCACCAGGGGUGGAUUUGGCUUACAGUCUCCUGCAUUGCACAAUCUUUCCCCUCUGCUUGGCCAGAUAAAUAAAACAAAAGACGGAGCACAGGGAGACGAGGAGAAGGGGAGAGAAGCUACAGGGUAAAGGACAGAAAACAGCCAUAGUGGGUAGAGGGGGUGUGGAGGAAAAAAGAUUUACAAAAAAAAAAAGAGAGAGGGGGAGAGGUUGAAUGGCAGAGGAGGUAUGAAGAGAGAAAGGAAGGCAGGGGUAGAAACAGAGAACAGAGAAUAGAGUGAGUAACACUGCAGUAGAAUGAGGGUUAGAGUGAAAGAGAGAGCCAAGAAACAUUUGAGCUGCCAGCUUUUCACACGCCACUCAGGAUCCAUCGCUUUCUGAAGAGGAAAGAAGAGGAAGCCACCGUGGAGGCGAGAAGGAGAAGGAGGAGGGGGGCUGAGGAGGAGGAAGCCAGAGGUUCUACACACAAGAUGGCUGCUGUGUCCUCUGCCUCUGACACUGGGGACCCCAGGGGUCGACACCCCCCUGAGCGCAGACUGCUGAUCCUGGGGGGACCACAGUCUGGUAAGACCUCCACCGCUAACAGCAUCCUGGGGGAUGAGGUCUUCGACAUUGGGACAGAGACUACUCACAGCAACGUUGGCCAGACGGAGAUAUACGGCCGACGGGUCACUGUGGUGGACACCCCGCCGUGGGCCAUCCCCAGUGACCCAGAGGACAACGCCGAAGCUGACAACGACGACAAUGCCGGCGCCGAGUUGGACAACCCGUCACGGGCCCCGCAGAGCCUGGACAGCGAGGGGCCGUGCAUGGGGGCCAUUCUCUGCCCUCCUGGACCCCACGCCAUCCUGCUGGUGGUGUCGGUCACCCAGCCCUUCGGUGACACGGAGAGGAGGGCCGCAGAGGAGCAGCUGGGGGCCCUGGGCGGAGGGACCUGGAGGUACUCCAUGGUGGUCUUUACGGGGGUGGACAAGCUGCCCAAAGAGGUCUUCAUUGAGGAGCACAUAGCGAACACUGGAGAGUCCCUGCAGUGGCUGGUGGAGAGAUGUGGAAGCAGGUACCACGCCUUCGAUAACACUCGGAAAGACACAGAAGACAACACACAGGUCCCCGAGCUGAUGGAAAAGGUGGAGGAAAUGAUCACUGACAACCAAGGCUGGUACUUUGAGGUGAAUGAGUUGAUUUUACUGGAGGAGGAGCAAGCCAGGAGAGCUCUGGAGGAGGAGAGGAUGAGGAUGGAGGAGCACGCUAGACAGAGGGACCAGAUGAUUGGAGGACCUCCCAGAGAGUUGAGACUGCUCUUGUUAGGCUGGAAGGGUGUCGGAAAGAGCUCGGUGGGGAACUCCAUCCUAGGCCGUCGCUACUUUGAAUCGGGCCAGGAGACGGAGCUGUGCCUCAGGAGGCAGGCGCUCGUAUCCGGCCGUCGGAUCACAAUUGUCGACACCCCUGGCUGGGAUUGGUUCUCGGUGCGGCGGACCCCGAAGCGCAUCCGCCAAGAGUCCCAGCGCGGGGCCGCCCUCCUGCGACCUGGACCCCACACCCUGCUACUGGUCCUCCCCGUCGUCUCGUCCCUCACCGCCAGGAAGAGGCGGACACUCCUGGCUCACAUAGAGACUCUGUUUGGUGACAGUGCGUGCCUCCACACCAUGGUGCUGUUCAGCUGUGGUGAUUGGCUGGGCCGCACGCCCAUCGAGGAGCACAUUCUUCGGGGUGGGAGGGAGCUGCAAAGACUACUCGAAUACUGUGGGAACUAUUACCACGUCCUGGACAGUAAGAUACCUGGCAAGGACAGGAGUGUGUCAGUCCUACUGGAUAAGAUGGAGGAGAUGAUCAGAGAGAACGGUGACAAGGCUUUCCUCCCCAUACAGACAGAGUGGUUGAGCGAGGAGAGCUCUUACUCUUCUGACAACACCGAGCCGGAGGAUGACUGUCGAGGAUGCCAGCUACAGUGACACGAUCGCACUAAAAGGAAAGUGGUCCGGCUUUUCAUCCUUGUUCUGAGUCUUCAACAGGCCCAAACGCCACCUCGCGUUACUUAAACCUCAUCUAGACACAGUAUCUCGCUCUCACUCCAAAGAGUUUUAGGGAAAACAAAUGGCUUGGAACAGGGGAGUCUCGCCACGAGUAGCUCUUUGUUAGAAAGGCCGAACUGAUCACUGAGCAAAAGGGUCAACCUGGACUGAAAGCGCAAACUCUCCUCAAACCCCAAGAGGAGGAGAAAUAUUCUGCUUUUGCUUCAAGGGAUCAAAGAUUGAUUCCUGUUCAUGAGCAUGUGCACAGAUAUCAUAACUGCUGCUAUAGAGACCCUGUUUUAACACUGCAGAGUAAAUAAUUACUCGUCAUUGUAACUAUGUGUUCAGACCACCCUGAUACAAGUUGAAAGCGUGAAAUCAAAAAACUAAAAGAAGACAGAUUUGGCGGUAGGACUCACGUCUGCAGUAUGUGUCACUCUUGGUUAUUGUAACCAAGAGGACUUAUAGUAAUUUAUAUAUA